UCAGAUGCGUGUUGUUUUGAGCAAAAUGGCGCUGGACGUUAUUUAUUGUUUAUGUGGACAGUCGACGGAUUUGUCCCGUUUUAUGAUACAAUGUGAUAUAUGCAAGGACUGGUUCCACGGCAGAUGUGUGGGUGUCAGGGAGUACCAGGCUGUUGACAUUGAUAGGUUUCAUUGUCCGCGGUGUGAGGCGUACAACGGCCCCUCUGUUUUAAAAGCACGUCUGAAUUGGCACCGUCAUGACUACUCAGAGGCAGACGCGGGGUCGAAGCCAGUCCAGACAGGCACACAGGUGUUCAUCAAGGAGCUCAAAACCAGACACUUCCCCAGCUCUGAGGAUGUGGUUUGUCGACUGCGGGGACAGCAGCUCACCCUGCCCUACAUCGCGGCCAAUGGCUUCACCAAACCCAUCCUGGUGGAGGACAAGAAUGGCCUGGAGCUCAUCGUCCCCCACGACUCCUUCAACGUCCUGGAUGUGGAGAGUUAUGUUGGCUCAGAACAUGAGGUGGAUGUUAUCGAUGUCCAGAGACAAACAGACGUCAAGAUGCAGCUGCACGAAUUUAUUGAGUACUUCCUCAGUCCAGCCAGAACUACUGUCCUUAACCUCAUCAGUUUAGAGUUCUCCAAUACCAGUUUAAGUCAGCUGGUGGAGCCUCCUUAUAUCGUCCGCAAGAUGUGUUGGGUCACCAAUGCGUGGCCCACAGAUCCACCACCUGGCCCGCCCCUCUCCCGCCCCAAUGUAAACAAGUAUGCUCUAAUAGGCGUAGAAAACUCGUACACAGACUUCCACAUAGACUUCGGGGGAACGUCUGUUUGGUAUCACGUGCUCUGGGGAGAAAAGGUGUUUUACUUAAUCAAGCCCACCCCGGCCAACCUCACCUUGUACCAGCGGUGGAUGAAGGCGAACAACCAAUCGGAAAUGUUUUUCGGAGACCAGGUGGACACUUGUUACCGUUGUGUGGUCAGGGCCGGGGAGACACUCUUCAUCCCCACCGGCUGGAUUCAUGCAGUGCUCACCCCAACAGACACGCUGGUCUUUGGUGGCAACUUCCUACACUCACAUAAUAUUGAGUUGCAGCUCCAGAUUUAUGAAAUAGAAAAGCAGAUAAACGCUCCAGAGAAAUUCCGACUGCCUCAUUACGAGAGUGUGUGCUGGUACGCGGCGACAAGGCUGGUGGUGGAGCUGAGGGACAUGGCAGCAGCGGGGACCAGAGUGCCGCCCAUCAUGAUCAGUGGGGCACGCUCCCUCCUGGUGGCCCUCAGGCAGUGGGGUGGGGAGAGUGGCAGAGGGGGACUAGAGCCAGUACCACCCGGCAUCCACCCUAUGAAGCUGUUCAAGGACAUGCAGCGGGAGAUCCGGUCGGCAGAGAAGCAGGUCAUCGCCCUCAACCCGCCCAAGCCUGAGCGCGAGUCCAAGAGACGGAAGAAGAAGGUGAUGGCAGAUGACUUCAUUGACUACACCAACCUGACCAGCUUCAACACCGUGCUGGAGGAGAGGCUGCCCGACCGGAAAGUUAAGGUCCUCAAGGUCAACUCUCCACAGGUUGAAAUAGGUGGGCCAGAGAUGGUGGGUCUGACAGAAGAGCAGCAGAGGACCCUGAAGCUGAGUCUGCCCAAGACAGCCACGUACCCCUAUGGUCUCAGCUUCACCUCCUCGGACUACGGCAUGAGUGGCACGCCGCCACACGACCCUGACUACCCACAGUUUAAGAAUGAGUACCCCAGCAAUGUGAAGACUGAAUACGACUGGUCAGACAGCCCUGGAAUCACCCCAUAUAAGCUGGUGGACGCCGCCAGUGUGCGAAUGAAGUUUGGACGCACAGGCAGCACUGACUCAGACGUACCCUCCACUCCCACUCCGGCCAGCACCACCAGAAUCAAGCAUGAGAAUGACUCAAUAGACAUCAAGGUGCACAAUGAGUCUGUGUAUGACUUCCAUGAGGACGGGGACAGUGACGAGAGGGAGCCGUCUGGCCUGAUGAUAGACGAGACUCCAAGACGCAAGGGAGUGCACAUGCAGCCUCCGGAGCCCCUCAAGAUUAAACUGAGCUUGACAAAUGCAGAUGUGGUGUGUGGAGAGGCAGUGGAUGUAGCAGAGGAGGUGGAGGUGGCCCCUUCACACAACCAGGCCCAUAAUGGCAUCGACGAGCUCCUCAGGGCAUCAGCGUACGCUCCAGACUUCAAUGAGGACUCCCCGGCACGAAUGGAUGACCUAGAUAGUGAGAGUGGCCGGGCAUCCCCCUCCACCCGGGAAGCCAUUGCAGGGAUGCUGAGCAUGAGUCGUGUGGUGCCCAGCAGCCGCAGCACCUCCAGGAAGCUGGCGUCGGCCAACUCCCGCCAGCCAAAACCACGCCGCCGGUAUGAUGAUGAUGAAAACAUGAGUAAAGUACACCAGGAUGAAGAUUAUGUGUACCCAACUCUGGAUAUAUCAGACGAUGAGGACUUCCCUGUCUUCAAACCUCGGGGUAAGAAAAAGGAAGACGAGGCCUGGAACCCCAAGGCACGGGUGCGGGUGCAGGGUCCCAGGCCGGAGCGCCCAAUGCGGCAGGGCGUGAGGAGACAGGCUGUGGAAAAGGGACUGGAGCAGGCGGCAGCCAGGAGACAAAACUUGCCGGCCACCAAGAGAGCUUAUCACCGGAAGAAGCAGAGAAAUCUUGAAGCUCAGCCGAGCACCUCAUCGGGUGUUGUGAAUCUCAAGGGGAUUAGCAAAAGUGAGUUUUCUAACAAACCGAGGAAAGGCAUGGCCACUGCCAAGCAGCGGUUAGGGAAGAUACUCAAGAUCCACAAGAUGCUUCACUAAUCUCUCCCUGAGGCUCCUCGGCUCCACCCUCUUGAAACACUGCCCACAGACCAGGCUGCAGCCCUGGCCUAGCUGGGGGCUGCCUGUGUGCUUGAUGACAAUAAUGAAAGCACGCCUGUGAACACUUUAUGAAAACUGAUUUACUAUUACCAGUCUUGCAUUUUGAAGUCUGUUUCAUUUAGGUGGUGAUGGUGGUGGUGGCUGUAGUGGUGGUGGUAUAUGUUAUUUUGCAGACUUAGAGGGAUUUGAUUCCUGUGAUGUACCUGCCUUAGUUUUGUGGGAAAAGCCAGACGGAGCUGAGAAAGACUUGCUGAGUGGGGUGUGGUGCCAGGCAACUCGUCCCUGUGCCGUGGCCUUCACACCUCACCAGCGGGAGAAAUGCAGAGGCAGAGUUUAGUUUUAUUUAAUUGUUUUUGGGGAUUUAUAAGAAAAAUCCAUAUAUUUUUAUUUUUCUAUGGUUUGAGAGUUAAUAUAUCUUGUUUUUAGUUUCCCCAUAUCCUCUCUUCCUUGAUAGAGGGUGAAACCAUUUGAAAAGAGGGGACACAUACUGACUGAUAGAUUAACUGACCGUGUUUCAUCCAUGUCUGUAUCACCUUUUUUACUUGAAAGUCAUCUUAAGUACAUACAUUUAGUCUUGUAUAUGCUAAACAGAUUAUUUUUGUCAAUGGUUGCUUGUGAGGUAGUAGGGACAAAGUAGAGUGUGGCAGAGAGAAAAACUUUGCAUGGAACUUUCAUGAAGACCAGACAAGUGAGAAACAACACUACGAGGAAUAGAGGAUUGGUCUCUUCUUCUGCCACUCAGGGUUCUGUAUUCCUUCAGGGGGGUUCUUACUGUGCUCAUGGCUCGGUCCACAUACACACACAUACAUACACUCAUAUAUGCAAUACACACAGAAGAUUGUUGUGAAGAGUAGCCAUUUAUACUGUGCCAUGAUUUCAUUGCAAGACAGAGGCAUGCUGAUAUUUUGUAUCUCCCAAAGUGUGAUAGUGUGAUGAUGUUGGCUUCCAGUUGCCUCGUUUAUAAAGUAACGUAGUUUUUGUCAGGCUAAAUUCUAGUGUAAGCUUACGUAUAAGGUUGAAAAAAAUUCUGUCUACACUUUGUAUCGUUAAGAAAAAUUGGGAUACUGUUUCCUUCAAGCCAGGAUGCCUGUUUUAGUCAGUUAUUUAUUUGGAGUACCGCAACCUUUGUUCUGUUCCGAUGUGCGUCUCCUCUGUGCUGUCGUUACUGUACGUUGUUUGUGUCUUUAGCAAAACUGUCUCUAGUAAUCCUGAGUUGCUCUUAUGAUUUGUUGUGGUUUCCCCAAUUCCAGUAUCGUGUAAGUACCGGGUGUUGUAAAUAGUAAACAAUAAGGCAGAACGCUCCUCCUUUGUAAAAUUGUACAUAGAUCGUUAUGUUAAGUAGAGAAACCCUGAGUUUUCUAUUAUUAUUAUUAUUAUUUUAUUAUUCUUAUUUUAGGAAGUAAGCUUUUAGCAACAAAGUACUGCCUUUAUGUAUACAGCAGAAAAUUAAUUGAGAUUUCACAUGGUGGUGUUAACUGUAAAAGAAAGAAGUAAUAGUAAUGUGCGCCUGGCAGUGCAUGGCAGGUGACUGGUGCCGCCUGUGGCUGCCGGGCCGCAGCUGAGCCCACAGCAUGCAACAGUGGGGGUGAGGCUUAGCAAUGUUCUCAGGUGCUAAUUCUUUACAUUUGCCUCUAUUGCAGAAAAAUUAAUGGCAUGAAAUUAGUGUGUGUGUAUGGGUGGAUGCUGGUGUGUGUGUGUGUGUGUGUGUGUGUGUGUGUGUGUGUGAGAGAGAGAGAGAGAGAGAGAGAGAGAGAGGCUGCACAACUAUGCCACUCAGUUUUUUAUUGAUAUUAUCUUGGCCAGUCAAAUGAAAUCUUUUUGGGAUGUUUCCAUUCACUGAAAUCAUGUCUUUUCUGUAUCAGCUAAAAAUCUUGCAUAUGAUCUAAUACAAUAUCUAAUUCUUUAUUGCCUUACAAUAGUGCCAUAUAAUCACUAAUUGGCUUGGUGCUUUCACUGUAUUAUUUAAUUGAAAAGCAGCAUAUGGUUCUAUGAGAGUGGUGCCUUCUGUGACCCUUCAUCAAUGGCAUUAGUGAGCACCAUCACCAGUGCUAAACCAGGUGCCCUUCUGUUGUACUUCUCAUAAUCAAAAUUAAUCAGGAUGAGUGAAAAUCUUUCCAGUUCUACCAAUGUGUGUGUGUGUGUGUGUGUGUGUGUGUGUGUGUGUGUGUGUGUGUGUGUGUGUGUGUGUGUGUGUGUGUGUGUGUGUGUGUGUGUGCACGUGCGCGCAUUAUCAUAAAUGCAUCUCUACUGUUAUAAACGCAAAAGAUCUCAGAUUAUGUAAAUACAGACUACUUACAGGAAAUCUACAAUGUAUAUUAUUUUGUCAUAUAAAAUGCUGAUAUUUUAUUAACACACACAAGGCAUGUAAAGCUUGAUUAGCUAUGUGAUGGAUUACUUAGCCAUGAUUUCCUCUUCUUCACGUUUCCUUGCUGUGCUCGCCUCAGCUCAGGCAACUCUGUGGGUGUAGUAGUGAUAGGAGUGUUAAGCUUACAUUAUUCCAUCCACUGUAUUUCUCCUGAACACAAAACUUACCUGCCCGUGGCACUGCACCCGUGGCAAUAUCCUGCCCUGCGUCAAGCCUCAGUCACCAGCACCUGCUCCUCUGCUUGUCACUCAGUCAUUGCUCUCAGUACUGGUGGAUCUUGAUUUACAGACAUUUGGUCUACAAGGUUUCAAAAGUUAUUAAGAAGAGUGUUUUGGCUCUCAGCCAGACUUGCAAAUACAGAAAGUACAGUUACUUUAGUUUACAAAUGUUCAAAUUUGCAAGAAAAGUAUUUUGGCUCGUGAUCAGAUUUACAAAUGCAGAAAUUACUUAAGUUUUUAAGAAAAGUAUUUUGCUUGUCCAGAUUCACAAAUGCAGGAAUUACAUUUACUCCAAAAAAUAUUAAAAGUUAUCUAAUAUGAAAGAUGCAGAGAAAUUACAAAAGCAGAUAGAAAUGUGCUGUUGAUUCCAGUUUAAUUUAUUUGCAAACAGUUUUUGAGGAACAACUCAUUUGUAGAUUGUGAUUCAUCUGUGUUUGAUGGCUUCAAGAUUUGUAAGUCAGCUCAGAAGUGUAAAAGCACAAUUAACAUUUCAUUACCAGUGUUUUGCAGAUUGAGUGUUGUUUUGAAUGGUGGGUUUGUGAGGUGGUGUGGUGUGGUGGUGUGGACCAGCCCUGCCUCCCUGCACACUCAGGGAAAGGCUUAAAAUUGCAUGUCAUUUAAUUUUUUUCUGUGAAAGUUUAACAGAUGCAUAAUAUUGAAAAUCUAAACUAUAUUGGAUCAUUUGGCAAGCUAAAAAAUGUAUGUGGCAUAGGUAAGCAUAAGUCAUGCAAGAUGAGUGUCUGGAGGGACAACUGUGCUGCUUGACAGGCAAUAAUAAUGCUAAGGAAUCUUGCUUGAAGGAAUAUCAAGUCAUUCUCUGUUGUUCAUCAGAUUUAAUCACAUAGAUCACUGACAUGAUUACAGCUCAUUCAUUCUCUCUCUAGGAUUCUUCAUCAGUCAAGUAUAUAUUUUAAGUUUCAUUUUUCUUCAUGACUUGUUUUCAUAAAUGUGUUACUAAUGUAUUUCAGAGUUCAUCUCGGCAUUUUUAAUUGUUUGAAGUUUUGCAAUGAGCAUUGUAUGAUUUAAUGGAAGAUAAAUAAUUUGUGACCUGAUAAGUAAUAAUUUUAGUUUUACAUUGUCAUCUUUUGCAGUGUUGUUUGUCUUGCUGAAGUUUCUGUCUUUUAGUUCUGAGAACUUAUUACUGUAAAUCCACAGGUUGAAUUUUGAUUAAUUGAAAAGUAUCAGUGUGUAAUAUCUUCAAAACUCUUGGUAAAAGUUGCCAAGUUUGUUGCAUUGCAUCUCAGCUCAUGUCAAGUUUUGUAAGUUGGGCAGGAAUUGAGGAGCCUCUCCUUACCUCGCACCAGAUAUUUGUCACACAGUUUGGAAUCUAUUUUUAACAGAAUUAUAUCUGUGAAGUUGCAGGCUGGCAGCAGUUGAUUGUGAUAUGUAUAUUUUUAAACUUAUGAUCUAUACUCCUGCCCAUCAUCAAAAGUGGUUUUAAAAACAUUCACACACAUUUCUUUUGCAGUCAUUGUUUAGUUUUUGGGACUUGGAAGUGUAAUCAUUAUGCAAUAUCUUCAUUGUUAUUAUUAUCUUAAUUUAUAUAUGCAUAUAUAUAUAUAGCUUUAUAAUUUAGGUGACAAUGUAAAUAGGAUUAAAUGUUUUUAUCUCCACUUAAGGUAGAUUGUGCCGUUGUUUUAGUCAGUGCCCGAGAGACUCCUGCCGGGGACGGGGCACGGCCGGCAAAGGGAACGUGAAGGGUAAUAACACCUUGCCGGGCCGGACCCCCUUGCACUGGCUGAGGCAGCGGCUGGCCUCCGGUUGUAGGGCCUCACACUGUAGACACUCCAUCUACAGGCUCCAAAGGUACAAAAUGUGACAGGAUCACCUGUGUGUGUGGUGACUAGUAAGACUGCCCCCAUCACACUGCUCUCAAAGUGUCAUAGCUCCAUAAACCUCAUAUAGUUUCCUCCCCUGCCCCUCCAGCUGCCAGUUUCCUCGCCAAGGUUGCUCUUGUCACACCUCCUUGUCACGCUGUUGAAUGACUGACUCAGUAUAUUUUUAGGAUGAAGGUUUUUUGUAUGCAGAUCCUCCCUGGUCCUGAGUUGCUUCGGUGUGCGUCAAAACAAACGUUCUUUCCCAGUCUUUAGGUUGUUAUAGGGGUAAGAGUGAGAUGCUACAUGUUAUGUACAUAAUAUAUAUCUUUUCUUAUUUGUACAGGAUUGGCUCCAGUUCUGUUUAUUAUUAUUUUUUACGUUCCACCUUUAUUGUGUACCUUCUGCCCCUACUUCAAGCCAAAGGUGAUGCUGUAGUAUUUCCCCCUGACAUAUCCCAGAUACAAAAGGCAAUUUUUUGUGGUAACUUUUCUGUUUUAGUUAUGUCGUUCCUUGUGUUGUAUCAGACCACCGCUGUGUGAUGUUCAUUGUCAUGACUGGCUCUUCAUUUAGACUGUGUGUGGUUUGUGUAUGUUUUGAACUGCUUAACAUGAGGCCCUGUGUGGACUAGUGUGUUGCUGUAUUGUUUCAAGCACAAGAGUAAGGUACUUGUGAGCAGCAGGACCUUCAAGUGAUGAAUAGAAGUGGAAUUUUUUGUUCCAAUUAUUUUUUAUUCUUUUAUUUUUAUUCUUUUUUUAUUUUAUUUUGUUUUAUUUUAUUUUAUUUAUUUAUUUAUUUAUUUUAUUUUUAUUUAUUUAUUUAUUUUAUUUAUUUAUUUUUUAUUUUUUGUCAUUUUGCUGAGCAGAAUGAUGAGAUUUGUUGGUGUCUCUUCCGUGAUUAGUAAUGGAGUGUGUGUGUGUGUGUGUGUGUGUGUGAGAGAGAGAGAGAGAGGAUGUAUUGUGUGGCUAGGGGGAUGGCAUACUCUUCUGUCCAAAAAUCAUUAAUAUGGGCUCUCAAGUUUCUUGGGACCAUAAUAAAAUAUCACUGAGUAAGGCUAAAGAUGUAAUAAACUGAAAAUAAAUUACUUUUACAGA